GAAACAAAGUAGUAGUAGGUAGAUAUCAACUUACGUUUUAUCUACGUACUUAGAUAAUUUUAUUUAUUGUUGCCGGUUGUACUUUAACCUUUGUUUUAGCUACCUAACCUACAAGCAUUGUAUAUAUCGUAUAUACCUGCAGGCGGUGUUUUAUAUCAUUCUCUUUGCACGACUGACGUGUUCGGAUCUUCAGUGAUCAUACUGAAUUUUUUUUUUCCUUAUUUAUAGUUUUGUGAUCUACAAAAUUACCUUAACUGAUAUCAGAAAUGAAUCCGUACCAUCCAAGUAUAAGUGCUAUCUCAUGGUACAUCAAGUACGUUGGGUUACCAAUAACUGUAGGGGUCACUAUUUACAGUUUAUUAUGCCACAUGAAUCAACGAAAACUUAGAGCUGCAUUGCGAAACAAGGUUGUAGUUAUAACAGGUGCAAGUUCUGGUAUAGGUGAAGCAUUGGCACAUACUUUUUAUGACCAAGGAAGCAAGGUAGUCCUUGUAGCAAGGCGUGGUAAAGAACUAAACCGUGUGAAAGAUGAUCUGAUGUCAAAAAAAUUGUCAGUCCCAUGUCAAGAACCUGUAGUGUUAGAAUUGGAUCUUGCAAAUGUGGAUCAAAUGGCAGCAUUUGUAAAAAAAGUACACAAUGUGUGUGGACAAAUUGACAUUUUGAUAAACAAUGGUGGAAUAUCCCACCGUGCUUCUAUACUCAAUACUGACAUGAAAGUAUUUAAACAAAUCAUGGAAGUCAACUACUUUGGUACCGUUGCAUUAACUAAAGCUGCUCUUCCAAACAUGAUUGAAAGAAAAAGUGGUCAUAUUGCAUUUGUGAGUUCAGUACAAGGAUUGAUAGCCAUACCUGACCGCGCAGCAUAUGCUGCUUCUAAACAUGCUCUUCAGGCAUUUGGUGAUUCUCUUCGUGCAGAAAUGCAUCAGCAUAAUAUUGUUGUCAGUGUAAUUAGUCCAGGCUACAUCAAAACCGCAAUAUCCAUUAAUGCCUUAACAGGUUCUGGGAACAAUCAUGGAGUAAUGGAUGCAAGCACAGCAGCUGGUUUCAGUGCAGAAUACGCCGCAGAACAAUUUUUGGAUGCCAUUGUUAAUAAGAAGAAGGAAUUUAUACUCAGUCAAUUUAUGCCUAGGGUUGCAAUAUUCUUAAGACAAGCAAUACCGUCCCUGUAUUUUUAUUUAAUGACUAAGCGCGCUAAUAAAACCGAAUGGUAAUUUGUUAGUUACUAUUUUAAUUUUAUAUUCUUUGUGCUACAUACAAACAUUGAUCUAGUGCUAGAUCAUGCAAGUAAAAAACACUUAUGGAGUUUUAACUAUAUGAAUAGAUUCAUAUAAGAUGCUACUGGUAAAUUAAUUUAUUACUGAUUAUUAGGAAUUAUAAUUCAUUAUUAAAUUAUUAAAAAGCUAUAAUAUGGAUUAUGCUUGUAUUUAUUUUUAUCUUGCCAUAUUUUGAAAUUUAUCUUUUGAUCUUUUGAUUAAGAAUAAAUGUGUUCGACUUUGUGAAUACCUACAAUAAUAGUAGAUCGUAAAGUUCGUUGAAAAUUUGGUACAUUUUGAACAUAACUGUUUAUUUUUUAAAUAAAUUUAGGUACCAAAAUAUAAUAUGUGAUCGAAAAAAAAUCCUGUUGUUUAAAAUUUGAUGUUUAGAAGUAAAUGUGGCUGGUUAUUUGUAUCCAGCUAUGUAUAUCCUUGUAGUCAUACUUGUAUGACAAACUAGCAUGAUUUCGAGAAAUCAGCGGCUAAAACUACUUUUGGUAGAAGAGGUUGUUCAAAAGAAGUUUUGACUGACACAAUAGUUAAUUGUGACUGAUUUAGUUGGUUAGUUAAAAGAACUAUAACCUAGGUAUUCACUAAAUAUUUUCAGUAAAAACCUUUUUAGGUAAAAGUAGUUUUGACCAACCUCUUCAGACAAAAGUAGUUUUAACCAGAUAAGUUUUUGACUGCAACCUAUACACCAUUAGAUCAUUAGCUUUGUUUGUUUCAAAUUAACAAAUUACAUUAGGUAGAGACAUUUGCUCUAAAACUUUAUUUUAAAAGUAAAAGGUAGGACAAAUGUUAUUUAAAUAUGUAGUUAUUGUUUUUUUAUUUAUUCAUAUAACAGGCAAUAAUCUUGCCAAUUAAUAAUAGGAAAUGUAAUGUUGUUAUUCAUUAUCUGGUAGACAAUGGUUUUCUCAAGGAAGUAUUUUAUAGGAAAUUAAAAUAUUGCAGAAUUGUA